AAAAAAAAAAAUAAUAGAAGAAAGAGAGAAAAGAAGAAAUCAUUCUAGGAUUAAACGUUUCAUGCAUCUUGGCUCCGAUUUAGCUUGGUUCGUACCACCUACAGACUCCUCUCUUCAGCGUCAUUGUUAUCGUCAUCAUCAUCAUCGUCAUCGUCAUCAUCAUCAUCAUCAUCAUCAUUAUUAUCAUCGGCUGUGGCCAGUAAUCGCUCAGCGUAAUCGCUCAGCGCCGUUUUCAUGCGCGGCCCUUUCAGUCUCGUCGUGUCUCUUCGUUUCUCUCACGGCGAUCUACCAACGUGAUUCUCUCACUCUUUCUCUCUCUCUCUCUCUCUCUCUCUCUCUUUCUUUCUCUCUCUUUCUCUGUUUCUCUCUCUGUCUCUCUCUCUCUCUAUCUCUGAAUGAAAUAGUUAGAUCUCUCAGUGCCAACUAUCCCUCCGCACCCGUCGGAUUGCGUCUCCCGUUCGCGAAGAUCGUAUCUAUCUCGUAAGAAAUCAAAUUGAUAUCAAUGAAAAAAGCCGCGAAGAAAGUUUGAUUUUUAACAUUAACGUAACGUCAAAGUGUAUUCACAUUAUUUAUAUAUAUAUAUUUACCGCUAAAAUAGUUUCCUCUUCAAAUUUAAUCUUUAUUUUAAGUAUGUAAACGUUUAUAAAUGUUUAUCAAUGAUAAAAAAAAAGAAAGCACAAUAUCAUCUAAUGCAAAUUUAAUUGAUCUAUUUAUGAAAGACUUGAAAGUGUCGUGUGUGUGACGACGUAGGUCGAUGCGACGUUAAAAUGUGGGAAGCUCGAGUGCGUUCCUCGUUGCGGAUAAAGAAAAAGUGUGUUCGGAGUGAAUCGGCUUGUAGCUGACUAUAACUUAAAUUUAUCAAACGGAAAGGAGAUAUGUAAAGAUUUACAAGUCAUCCAGCGUAAACGAAAACCUUCAGUACAGAGACAUCGUCUGACACUCGAAGGAUCAAGAAAAUUUUCUUUUGACAUGUUUCAAUCUUUCAUGAAUCAAGUUCAUGAUUGGAUCAGACAAAUCCGUGGGCCUUACGAAUGGAUGCAUUUCUUCAUCUUCAUAAGAUAAAAAAAAUCGAAUUAUCUUAUGCUGGAUAAUAUUUCCUGUGACACUUGAUCGCAAGAUUUUGAACGGGACCAGAACAAAAUCAAAAAUGUGCAUACUUGGAUACUUGCUCAAGGAAUUAUUCUACAAUGAUUUUGAUGAGCAAUGUAAGGAGCCUCUGCUUCCGGAAAAGCAUAAUUCCCACAGGAUGACACCAACCGAUGGCCGAUCACGCACAACUUCAGAAUCGAAUGCCACAGUUGGCACCAACACAAACACCACCAUCCCCAACAACAAUAACAACAACAGCAGUAAUGGCAGCGGGAAUGGUAAUAGUAACGGCCCUAACGUGACCAAUUCGGUCACGGCCAAUUCCACCGGCCAUGAGGAGUGUAUGGAAGUGACGAUCUUCGAUGAGAAUUAUGAUAACAACCGUCUUCCUGAUGUCGUCGCUGAAAGUAAAAUCUACGGAGUGUUGGACGAGGAGGAGCCAACGGAAUCGUACUGUGCCAUAACUAUUCAAGUUUUCAUACCAUUCCUGAUAGCUGGCCUUGGCAUGGUUGGAGCUGGACUGGUCCUCGAUUUGGUCCAACACUGGGUUGUGUUUGAUAAAGUGAACGAACUGAUGAUACUGGUGCCAGCACUUUUAGGUCUUAAAGGUAAUCUAGAAAUGACUUUGGCGUCUCGUCUCUCUACACAAGCGAAUCUUGGACACAUGGAUACGCCUAAACAACAGUGGUACAUGAUCGUUGGGAAUCUCGUUUUGAUACAAUGUCAAGCUAUAGUCGUUGGUUUUCUGGGCUCAGUCGUGGCAAUUGUUAUGGGUGCCUUCCGUAAUGGUACAGUUUCUUUGGAUCAUGCAUAUCUCUUAUGUGCUAGCAGCCUAGUAACAGCAUCCUUGGCUUCCUUCGUUCUCGGUUUGAUAACCGCUGGCGUCAUAGUCUUCUCACGUCACUGUCACAUCAAUCCUGACAAUGUAGCAACACCGAUAGCUGCUAGUCUUGGUGACAUCACGUCUUUAGCCCUUCUCUCAUGGAUAUCAACGAUCCUUUACGAAUCGAUCGAUAAACAGGAUUGGCUGGCACCACUCGUUAUUGCAUGCUACGUUCUUGUAACACCACUUUGGGUUUGGAUUGCCAAGAGAAAUAAAUAUACCAAUGAUGUGCUCUAUUCUGGAUGGACACCUGUCAUGGUUGCCAUGUUGAUCAGCAGUUGCGGUGGUUUGAUUCUUGAAUUCAUGGUAUCACGUUUCGAAAAUCUCACGGUUUUUCAACCUGUUAUCAAUGGAGUUGGUGGAAAUCUUGUUGCUGUACAAGCUAGUAGAAUAUCAACGGCUCUUCAUAAGCAAGCUGAACUUGGAACGCUUUUGAUACCACCUGGUCAAACUCAUCCUGUCAUUUUCAUUACACCAAUAGCUAAUUUCUUUGGCAAAGGUAUACAUGCAAGAACAACAAGAGUAUUGAUGUCUAUGGUGAUACCCGGUCACAUAAUUUUCAUUUAUCUAAUUAAUUAUAUGAAAGACGGUAAUACAUCGUUAACGCCUCUAUUCGUUUUCGUAUAUCUUUGCGCUGCUGUAUUACAAGUGGCUGCACUUUUGUAUAUCGCCUAUAUAAUGAUCCAUUGGAUGUGGAAAAGAAAAAUAGAUCCUGAUAAUUCGGCAAUACCUUAUUUAACUGCUAUGGGUGAUCUACUUGGCAUCAGUUUACUUGCUAUCGCCUUUCAAUUUUUAUAUCUCGUUGGUGAUCAGGAUUACGAUGAUCAGAUGAAGCCCUGAACGUGUGAAAAAAAAGGCAAAUUCAUCGGUCCAACAAUGGCGUAUAAAUAAUAAUAAUAAUAAUGAUAAUAAUAAUAAUAAUAAUAAUAAUAAUAAUAAUAAUAAAAAUAAUAAUAAUAAAAAUAAUAAUAACAAUAAUGAUAAUCAUAAUACAUAAAUAAAUAAAUAUAAAACGCUCUCGCGAAGAGUAUGCUGAUAAACGUGAAAGGAAGGCAUUUCAAAGUGGCUGUGGUCGUAUGAAAGUAUACCAUACUGAAUCAAUUAUUAUCGAUCUGCCAUUUCGUCGAAAGGCCUAUAAGAAAAGGACGAGCUGUUUAAUAUUUCUCUCGGUGCUCUUUAGCUUUAUUUCUAAUACAGAUAAGGUGAAGCAAAGAGAGGCAACGCUUGAGAUAUUCACAUAUUCGAUCGUUGUAGAAGCUUCUUCGUUGAUCCUUUGAAGAAAAUUUCAAAGGGAAAUUGGGAUUGUUAUUAAAAGAUACGAAGAUUAUAAGAAGAAGAAGAAGAAGAAGAAGAAGAAAAAAAAAGAGAAAAAAAAUGCCUUAACGAUCGAUCGAUCGAGAUUUCAUGCGGAUUAACGAACAAAUGUUAUAAUUACGUUUCGAUGCGCUUUGUUUCGAGCUACUAAAUUAGAUGACUUUUUAGAAUCUUUUUUGCAUUAACGAACGGAUUUAGAGACCUAAUCGCGGAACGAAUAAAAAAAAAAAAAAAAAAAAAAAAAAAAGAAAGAAAGAAAGCAAAAAAAAGAAGAAAGAAAAUAAAGAAAAAGAGAAAAGAAAAGGAAAGAAAAGAAAUCAAUCGCUGGCUGAUAAAUUUUCAUCUGUAUGUACAUAAUUUAUCAUCAGUUCAGACAAUAUUUUUAUUUUCCCUUUAUGCUCUGUAAGGAUAUUCGUUAAUUCAUCGAAGUUCAUUCUUAAAUUCGUUUUCUUUUAUCUUCCGCGACGAGACAAUUGUCAUUACCAAAGAAAGAAAGAUAGAAAGGUAGAAUGACAGAAAAAAAACCAAAAAAAAAAAACCAAAACAAAAAAAAAACAAAAAAUAAGAAAACAAAAAAGAUUCCAACGCGUAUGUGUCUUCGACUAGUUGCCUUCGUAUACGAUGAGAGAUUAGCUAGUUGUUGUUAAUUGUAGCUGCCCAGGUGACCUACUAUUUUUGGAAGCUUUAAACAAGCUCACGAGUCAAAAACACGAUCCAUUCUAAUAAUCUAUAAAUAGAUUAACACAAAAAUAGCAUGUUCCGAUUAUUUUCAAUUAGACAGAAAAACAAAAGAGAAAGAGAGAGAGAGAGAGAGAGAGAGAGAGAGAAGAAAAAAAAAAAGAUUUAUCAUCAUCAUCGUGCUUUCUAAUCACAAAAGAGAUAGAUAUCUUUAACGUUAUCUUCAUAAUUAGAAGGUAAACUUAGAGUGAUUUAGAGAGAGUAUACCUUCAGGAUCAUACGUAAUUAUAUACUAUAGUACACAGAGUGUAAUAAAUAUUUGCGACGAAGAGGAGAGGGGAAGGAAAAGGAGGAAGGAUCGUCGUGUAAUCACGAUUUUAUUUUUGAAACUUCUCUUAACGAUUAAAAUAUACUUAUAUUUCGAAAUAUAGAUAUCAUAAAUCUAAUCGUUUAGAUGAGAGAAUUCGAAGAUUUCGAUCAGUUUGUUUAACAUACGACAUCUAACAUAUUGAUCGUUUUAGAAAGAUCGGUGUCAUGGUGUUAGAGGGAGAGAAUUAAGUAUUUUGAAAUUCAGACAAGGAUGAACCUUUGCCUGUUUUAUUAGAUCGAUCUUUUAAAAUAUAAAAAGAGAAAGAGAAUGGUGGGGAUAUGAGAAAGAGAGAGAGAGAGAGAGAGAGAGAGGGAGAGAGAGAAAUAUGGAAAGAAAAAAGAAAAAAAAAAAAAAGAAAAGAAACUAGUAAAACUAGUGUAUCUCACUGUUGUUUAUAAAUUAAUUUUUUCUAUUCUAAUUCAUAAGUUCUCAUGAUGAACGCAACUCGCUCCGAUCGUUUUUAACAUUUUAAAAAGAUUUCCUCAUGUCGGAUCGAUUAGACAACGUUAGAAUUAGAAUUCACACUCAGCGAUAUUAACAUAAGCGCAACGUCUUGUACAGUGUAUGCUAUAUAUAGUAAUGAGUAUUUUGUAAAGAAAAAAGAGCUGUAUUAGAAACACGUGUACGUGAUGUGUGUAUAUAUAUAUGUGUGUGUAUAUAUAUAUAUAUGUAUAUAUAUAUACACACACACGCAUAUAAGUAUUAGUAUGAUUAGAGAGAAAAAAUGGAAAAAAAACAAAAAACAAAAAAGAAAAAAACAAAAAGAAAAAAAAAAGCAAAAACGAAGGCAAACUUUCACUUAUCUUCGAAUUAAUAUCGAUAACAUUCGUACGCAGAAGAUAUCGUAACUACGAGAUUAGAAAUUUUCUUUUUAUCGUAAUAAAAUUUCUAAGCGUUAAUGUGGUGAAGCAAUGCCUGCCAAAGCUAUUAUAUCAGAUUGUUUUAAAAUUCGCACUAUGUUUCACUCUGUAGAACGUUACGUACGAAUGAUAUAUAUAUAAAAAUGGAUAAGACUAAUAUUUAGUCUUUCUGAAUAUGUAAUAAAAAUUCUAAUCAAAUCAGAGUUCGUGCUUAGUACCAGAUCAUUCAGUAUUAUUCUUUAAUGCUAUAUCAAUGAUUUUGAUGAAUAAUUUUUCAAGAUUCAUCUCGUGUCGUAUCUCAUUGAGAUAAAGAGAGAAAGAGAGGGAUUGUAAUUUUUUAAAAAUAAUUACUUUCCAGGAGAGAAAAAUAGAUGUAUGAUUCUAAAUUGACGACACGAAUUUAGAAAAAUUGUUUGGAUAUCAUUAGAAACAGAAAACAAAAAAAAGAAAAAAAAGGACAAAAGAAAAAAGAAAACAAAAAGAAAAUAUCAAAGAAUAUUAUCAACGGUGUAUUAUAAUGUAGAGUUAUAUAGUGAGAUUAUAGAAGAGGAGCAAAGAAGCACAAUUAAAUAUAAAAAAAAAAAAAAAAAAAAAAAAAACAGAGAGAGAGUGAGAGAUGAAGAGAGCGAAGAAGGGUGUAAUAUAGAAAAUUUUCAUGUAAAAAAAAAAAAAAGAAAAAAAAUAAGAAAAAAAGAUUGAGAGAGAAAGAAGGCAUUGUUCGUUUUGCAUGAGUCCUUGCGAUAGAUAAUUCAAUGCCAAUUCACUUCCUCGAUGUAUGUGUGUACAUUCUUUAUAAGAGAAUUCAUUCAUAAAAUUAAUAGUCGACGUAUAUAUGUAUAUAUAUAUAUUUGUGUAUAUAUAUAUAUAUACAUACAUGUACAUAUUUUUCUUAAGCACAUAAAAUAAAAGAAAAACUUGUGAAACGAAGUAUAUAUCCUAUACGGGUCAUUCCAUGCGAAAUCGAUCAUGCUUCGAAAUAAGAUUUCUUAUUUUAUUCAAAAUCAAAUAUGUUAAAUAUGUAAAUAUAAUUUUUUCUUUUUCUUUUUUUUUUUAUACAGAUAUUAAAAUACUAGAAGUAUAUAAAAACAAAAAAAAAAAAAAAAGCAAAAUGCAUAAAGUAGCAUAGUCCACGUUUCUCUUUUGAAAAAUGAUAUCCUACAAACGGUACAUUCAAUUGCAAUGAUCUUCUCUUUCAUUUUCUCGAAAAAGAUCGAACUUUUAAUAAAUAAGUAAAUAAUAUUGCAACGAACGUGAUUAUUUAACAAUACUUAUUUUAUUUUUUUGUGUUUUGCUUUUUAUUUACAUAAGAUUGAUUUAUAACAUAUUAAAUUUUGAAAUAAAAAUUGAAAGGAAUCUUAUUUGAAAAAAAGAAAUGAUCGAUAAUGAUCCAUACGUAAAGGCAGACAAUAAUAACAUUCACGAGAACACGAACGAUAAGAAAUAUUUUGUGUAUCGAAGUUGAAUAGAAGAUAAUAAUGAAAAAUCGAAAUUUCUUUAACACAGUCUGAUUUAGAUUUAGAAAGUGGAAAGAUGAAUGAGAGUGAGAGAGAGUGAGAGAGAGAAUGCUAGAUAGAUAGAUAGAGAGAGAGAGAGAGAGAGAGAGGGAGAGAAAGAGAAAGAAAGAGUGAUAACAUAGAUUUUUGUCGUUUCAUUGCACUGUUAUUGAUCGCAAAACAAGAAGAUGUAAUUGAUGCUGCUGCCACGUAUAGUAGGAUCCUUAUUGCAAAUAAUAAACAACAAAUCUGACCUCAAUUGUUGAUAUAUUUCAUGCAACAUCUGUUUCGAUAAAAUAAAUAAAUAAAGAAAUGCAAUGGACAAUAUCA